AUGACUUCUUUGGGUCAUUUUCUUUAUUUGUUUCUCUUCUCCUUCUUUCUUUUGACAGGAUUGGCCUCCUCUUCCACCUUCAUUUCAAAAGAAAUAUUUGAAUCACGUGGAUCUGCUAGCCGUGCUCUCCUUCAGAUCAAGAAACCAUGCAGUGUAGACUUUCAGUUUAAGAACUAUACAAUCCUCACAAGCCAAUGCAAAGGACCCAAAUUCCUGCCAGCAGGUUGUUGUAACGGUUUCAAGGACUUUGCAUGCCCUUAUGCGGAUGAUAUUAAUGACAUGACAAAUGAUUGCGCCAUAACCAUGUUUAACUACAUCAACCUCUAUGGGCGUUACCCACCAGGCCUAUUUGCCAACAUAUGCACAGAAGGAAUAUUUGGUCUUGAAUGCACCACAGAGAUAAGAAUCUAAAAUAAAAUGUAGUUUGACUUAUGAGAUAUGUGAUAUGAGAACGUGAGAUAAUGUGAUAAGUGAAUAUGAUUGGUAUAUGUAUU